AUGUCAGACACUGGGUCCUCCCCCGACAGCACCACACGGUGGGUACCCCCUGCAGAGACUAUCUACGAUGCUUGCCGGCGCGGUAACGCCGAGCGCUUCAUGGGAUACGUAGAGAAGGGUGGAUGCCUCAGCGAGUGUGAUGAUCAGAAACUCACUUUGCUUCAUCACGCCGCCUUUUCGGGCAACGUGGCCUUUGUCAAAGCAAUCCUUGACCGCAGCGGCACGCAACAAGUUAUGAUUGAUGCUGCCGACAGGGAAGGGUGGACACCGUUGCACUACGCCGCGGAUCGUGGACACACGCAGGUCGCUGCAGCGCUACUCGACGAAGGGGCCAGCGUAAACGCACGCGACACCGCGAAGCGCACACCCAUGCAUCUCGCCGCUCUCUCCGGUAGAGCAGAUGUAGUGGCGAUGCUGCUUCGCAAUGGUGCCUCAAAGACGGCCAAGAAUGUGGCGGGCAUGACCCCGGUGGAUUGUGCCAAGGAGGCGGACCAAGCAGCUGUUAUUGCGCAGCUCGAGUAG